AAAGAGAAGAGACAUGCACUAAAUUUUAAAAUAUAUACAAGGUGUUGCUUCAUCUAUCUAUUAUGGUCGGGGAUAGAUAUUUAUAAAAAAAUGCUUUACAUGGAGCAAAAAUUAGUGGUUUCAUUUUUAUUUUGGUAACACAGGGUGGUGAAGCACCUCAAAACUAGUUAAAGAGUUAUUACGAACAAUUCAAGUCCUAGUGACCCUUAUCACAUUAUUAAUAAAAAUAAAAAAAAGUUCCAAUCCAUUCUAAAAAAGUAGAACUCAUGAUUCAUGUUAUAUCUCAAAUUCACAAGGUUGUAUGCCAUCAUAUUCUUCUCUUUGUAGAUUAUAGUCCUCUAUGCGUCUCAUAAAUUACACACUGAUCAAUGAUGUUGGUGAGAGAUCAUGAAAGCUUGUUUUAGUUAUAGUGUUAAUUGAACUAACUUGGAGGUUCAUUUUAGUUUUCGCAUAAGCAUAACCAUAUUAUAUUUAAAAUAACUAAUUCAAUCAUAUACAAUAAGGCUGUAUAUCGCAUAAGCAUAGCCAUAUAUUGGAAGUAGCUAGUUUAGGUAUUCUAGUUAUAGUUUGAUCCAAUAAUCUUUCAUAUUAUUUUGAUUUAUGUUUUCAAACAUUGAAAAGUACAAUUGUGCUUCUCAAAUUUUACAUACUACUCGGAGUAUAUGCCGACAUGAACAACAUAUUUUUAUGAAAAACUGUAAUUAGUACUACAAAAAUCUCAUUCUACACUCCUCACAAGUGUAUUUUUCCUUCUAAUUAUAGAAAAUUUAGAGUACAAAAUAAGAUUUGUGGAAUACUAAUAGCAAUUCCCUUUUUGAAUUUUGAAUUACAUAAAACUUUUUAGUUCUUCGUUACCAAAAAAAAAUAUGAUAUCAAUACACGUUGGUAAUUGUCUCAAAUGCCCCUCACCAAAUAUCGGUAAGCUUUUAAUUUUAAUUGUGGUAAUUUUACACAAGGCAUAUAAAUCUUGUUUUUAUUCCCGGUCAAAUGAUUCGGGUGGUUUUUUAGUACCCGACAAACCCAAAAGUUACCUUAGAGUCCGUAAUUUCAUAAGGCCCAAAUGCAGCCCAGUUCACAGCCAUAGAGAUCUCCGCCUCGACGCCAAAAACUUCCGUUAUGAUUUCAAAUCGCGAGGGAGGAAGCGUCAGGACUCCUCCAGAGGCAUGCAUGCAGCCGCUGAAACCCCGCCAGGUGCCCCUGCACAUUUAUCAUCCUUUCACUCUUCUCUCUCUGAUCCCAGCAAAACAAUGGCCGUUUUUGUUUCCUUCCUCCCCUCUUGCUUUCCUCUUUCCCUAUUUAUAUUUGCUCUGCGCCCCUCGUCUCCUCCUCACCUUCGCUUUCACAUCUCUUCCUUUUCUGAUUUGCUCCGCCGUCAACCUCUUUUGUCUCGCCGGAGCCUCCGGCCUCAGCCAUGCGCAACACCAUUCAGGAAACCCUCGCUGCUCACCGCAAUGAGCUCGUUUCUCUUCUCUCCAGGUAUGUUGCUCGAGGAAAUGGGAUUCUGCAACCCCAUCAAAUGAUAAACGAGCUCGAAAGCGUGAUCAUGGAGGAUGAAGGCAUGCAGAAGCUCAAAGAUAGCUCCUUCAGCAAAGUCUUACAGUCUGCUCAGGAAGCAAUUGUUCUGGCUCCCUUCGUGGCUUUUGCCCUUCGUCCAAGACCUGGUGUUUGGGAGUAUGUUCGAGUUAAUGAGUAUGAACUCAGUGUGGAUCAUUUGAGUGUUGCUGAAUAUCUUCGGUUUAAGGAAGAGCUUAUGGACGGAGAGUGCAACGAUAAGUAUGUGCUUGAACUUGAUCUGGAGCCAUUUAAUGCAUCGUUCCCUCGACCAACCCGCUCGUCAUCAAUUGGAAAUGGGGUUCAAUUUCUUAACCGCCACUUGUCUUCAGUUAUGUUCCGUAACAAAGAAAGUUUGGAGCCUCUUCUCGAUUUUCUUCGUACACACAAACAUGAUGGACAUGCAAUGAUGCUAAACGAUCGGAUUCAGAGCAUACCCAGACUUCAGUCUGCUUUAGCAAAGGCAGAGGAAUAUCUUUCUAAGUUCCCGGCAACUACACCAUAUUCUGAAUUUGAAUUUGACUUACAAGGAAUGGGAUUUGAGAGAGGGUGGGGUGACACAGCACAACGGGUGUCAGAGAUGGUGCAUCUUCUCUUGGAAAUUCUUCAGGCUCCAGAUCCCUCUACCCUGGAAAAUUUUCUUGGGAGGAUCCCUAUGGUGUUCAAUGUUGUCAUAGUGUCGCCACACGGUUACUUUGGCCAAGCUAACGUCUUGGGUUUGCCUGACACCGGAGGGCAGGUCGUUUAUAUACUGGAUCAAGUGCGGGCCCUGGAGAGUGAGAUGCUUCUUAGAAUACAAAAUCAAGGAUUGGAUGUCAUUCCAAAAAUUCUGAUUGUUACCCGACUGAUACCGGAUGCAAAAGGGACAACAUGCAACCAAAGAUUGGAAAGAGUCAGUGGUACAGAAUACACACAUAUCUUGCGGGUACCUUUCAGGACUGAGAAUGGGAUACUGCGGAAAUGGAUUUCAAGGUUUGAUGUGUGGCCUUACUUGGAGACCUUUGCAGAGGAUGCCUCGAAUGAAAUUGCCGCUGAGUUGCAAGGUGUUCCAGAUCUAAUCAUUGGAAACUAUAGUGAUGGAAAUCUUGUUGCAACUCUGUUAUCUUAUAAACUGGGAAUCACACAGUGCAACAUUGCUCAUGCAUUGGAGAAAACAAAGUACCCAGAUUCUGAUAUAUUUUGGAAGAAGCAUGAGGAUAAGUACCAUUUUUCAAGUCAAUUCACAGCCGAUCUCAUUGCAAUGAACAAUGCAGAUUUCAUAAUCACCAGUACAUACCAAGAGAUUGCUGGAAGCAAGAAUAACGUUGGACAGUAUGAGAGCCACACUGCCUUCACUCUUCCUGGGCUGUAUCGAGUUGUCCACGGAAUUGAUGUUUUUGAUCCCAAGUUUAAUAUCGUCUCCCCAGGAGCAGAUAUGUGUAUAUACUUUCCAUGUUCUGACAAGGAAAAAAGGCUUACUGCUCUACAUGGUUCAAUUGAAGAACUCUUAUAUGGUGCUGAGCAGAACGACGAGCAUAUUGGGCUGUUGAGUGAUAGUUCAAAGCCUAUUGUCUUUUCCAUGGCAAGACUUGAUAGAGUGAAAAAUUUAACUGGACUUGUUGAGUGCUAUGCUAAGAGCGCCAAGCUACGAGAAAUGGUAAACCUUGUUGUGGUUGGUGGUUACUUGGAUGUCAAGAACUCUAGGGAUAGAGAAGAAAUUGCAGAGGUUGAAAAAAUGCAUGACCUCAUUAAGAAAUACAACUUGAGUGGUCAGUUCCGAUGGAUAGCAGCACAGAUGAACCGUGCUCGUAAUGGUGAGCUCUACCGCUACAUUGCAGACACAAAAGGCGUCUUUGUGCAGCCUGCUUUCUAUGAAGCUUUUGGCCUCACCGUCGUGGAAGCCAUGACCUGUGGCCUUCCUACUUUUGCAACUUGUCAUGGUGGCCCUGCUGAGAUCAUUGAGCACGGUUCCUCUGGGUUCCAUGUUGAUCCGUAUAACCCUGAUCAAGUGGCUGAACUUCUGAUUGACUUCUUUGAUCAGUGCCAGAAGGAUCCUGGCCACUGGGAAAAGAUAUCUCAAGCGGGACUUAAACGAAUUUAUGAAAGGUACACUUGGAAGAUAUAUUCAGAGAGGCUGCUCACAUUAGCUGGGGUUUAUGGCUUCUGGAAGCAUGUGUCUAAGCUUGAGAGGCGAGAGACAAGGCGAUAUCUGGAGAUGUUUUACAUUCUCAAGUACCGAAAUCUGGUGAAAUCCAUUCCGCUGGCCGUUGAAGAGCAGCAUUGAACUGUAAUAUGUGCCAAUGAAGCUGUCUGUCUGCUUGUUAUCGCUUCAGUAUGCAUUUGUUUCUGGUGUUGCCGAUCCUGUCUAACUGCUAUCGACAGGACCUUGUUAUUUCUUCUCGUUUGGUUUAAGUUGUUGUAAUUUCCCUUGGACCUUUGUAAUGUGUGGUAAAAGAAAUCCAAACGCCGUGGUCUACCUUCAAUAAGUUGAUAUUUUGGUACUGAAUCUCUGGGUCAUGGACCUCUGAAAUUUCAGUCCUUCGUGUAGUUUGACACAUUCCAAUCAAUGUUCGUUUAAUCAACAUUAGAUGUUUAUCUUGUGAGACUGCGACUUUGAAUCAUGUAUUGGUUAAUGAAAAGCGCUUCAUAUUA